GCAGAUGACAAAUCUCACCUGCUUCCCUCUCGAAAACAUGGUUUUGGUCCAGCUCUCGGUAAAACGGCCAAUCAUAUCGGCUAGAACAGAAACUCGAAUUUGAAAUUCGGGGGAACAACAACACCGUCCCAGCUGAUCGAUAAGGGAGACGAUGAUGGAUACUGACAAAUUAUCGAUAUGGACUUCGGGUGGAGAGAGGAUGAAUAAAUAGUUUGAAUAUUCCAGGAGGAUUUUACAUCUUUCAACUCGAUAUUGGAUUUCUGAUUCUGCUUCUCUGCCUUACCUUUGCGUCAAAUAUCAGUCACAGGAAUUCCGAUUUCCACAAUCGAGCUCCUCCCAAUAUACUUCUCAAAAAGAGUCAAAUCUCAGCAUCUGGAACAAUGGUCAAGAUCGCAAUGGCAGGUGGCUCAGGCCGUACGUAUCUUCCUUCUGGCAUCCCUCUCCCCAUCCUCCUUUAACAGUCAACUUCCCUUCCCGCACUCUCUUACCCUGAAUACACUGCCUAAGACAUAAUUCUCCCCUCACCACGAUACUAACGCCUCAUCCAGAAAUCGCCAGCGAAAUCCUCGACGUCCUAGUCGCGAAAAACAAGCACGAGAUCCUGAUCCUCUCUCGCAAGGCCCACCCCACCGACCCCCGUCCAGGCGUUACGUGGGCCCAAACAGACUACAGUUCCGUCUCUCAACUGACGUCCCUCCUUCAAGGCGUCGACGUAGUUCUCUCGUUUGGCGCCGCGCAUGAGGAUGUGGGGAGUGUGAUGCAGAAGGCGUUGAUUGAUGCGAGUGUUGCUGCGGGGGUGAAGAGGUUUGCGCCGAAUGAGUGGUCGACCUCAAACUUCGAAGAGAUUCCCUGGUAUGCCGAGAAAGGAAACACCCGAGCCUACCUAGCGGAAAUCAACAAAGACAAAAAGGUCAUCGAAUACACACUCUUCCAACCCGGCUUCAUAACCGACUACAUCGCACCCCCCAACACAUCAAGUAAACACAUCUCCCCCCUCGAAAUCGCACUCGAUGUCCCCAACCGCCGCGCCAUCAUCCUCGAAGGCAUCGAUCCGCGCAUUACUCUGACGAGCGUGAAGGAUGUAGCGGAGGUGGUUGCGCGCGCUGUAGAGUAUGAGGGAGAGUGGCCUGUUGUUGGGGGAAUGGUUGGUACGACGAUGAGGACUUCGGAGUUUAUUGCUUUGGGGGAGAAGAUUAGAGGCGGUAAACCAUGGCCUAUCACCACCCUGAAAGAAGCCGAUGUGAGAGCCGGCGAUAUCAAAUCAGAUUGGAUUCCUGCAAUGAGGGUCAAGGGUCUGGCGCCUGAACAGAUCGAGUUCUUCUCCAAGAUGGUACUGGCGGGGUUUUUGCUUUGUGGCAAACAUGAGUCGUGGAUGGUGAGCGAUGAGUGGAAUCGCUUGUUGAAGGAUUAUGAGUUUGAGAGUGUGGAGCAUUUCUUGGAGAGGACUUGGGGAGAACGACCGUAG